CGAGUAUCCAGUCAACUUCAAGUUCAAUCAAGUCAAGAGCCACAACUUGCAACUGGACCGAGCUACGCGCUGCGAACUAUCUUGCGGAGCUUGAGUGACUCGGCUCCGCUCCCUCCUCCCGUGGCCGAGGUCCUCCAUGCAGAAAAAUGCCGCUGGUGUAUACAGACUUUUUACAGUAGCAAGCAAGAUGCAGGUGGCAGGUCUGGAGAGCACUGCAUCUCGUAAAAGAAAGAAAGGACCUUCAUCUGUUAGGAGAGAGGACAUGAUGGAAAGGAUCAACACAAACAAAAGAGGAGUCAAGAAACAACUCAAUAAGAUCAGACACAAAGAGAUGAGAAAACCAUCGGCAAAGGAAGGAAAAAUCAAGUCAUCCAUUGAUGCAUAUAAGAAGAGCCAACCUUCUGAUAAUACAGAGGCCAAUCUGGAGCUACUGUUAGGAUUGAGUCGAAGUAAUCCAGACACAUCGUCAGGACUCUACACAAAGAUUCUGAAGCACUCAAGAGGAAAGCUAUCUAAGGACCGGGAAGCUGAGGAAGAACCAACAGAAAAGGAGGGUGGAUUCACAGACGAGGACUUUGAAUUGUUUGCCAAGGAAUAUGUGCCUAUGAAGAAGGGAGCUGUGUUAUGAUAAUGGAUGAUUCCUCCAGAAUUUUAGAUUCAGACCUUGUGACUGGAAGACAGUGAUAAACUGUGGAAUGUGACACUGUCAAGGGCCUCUCAUGCAUUGGCUUUCAUGGAGGUUAAAAAAGACACCAUUGGGGUCUUUAGCCAAGAACAGUUGUUCAUCACUUGGAGUGGAAUAGAGUGUUUAUGACCAAUGUUAUAUAAUGCAUUGUAUAUUCCAAACACAUCACCUUACAUGGUUAACUUACUAUGCGUGAAGCAGGAAAGGAAUGUCUGAUGGGAAAGUUUGGUUGCCUGAUCUCAGAAGACACAGCCAUGCUACAGGUACAUCUAGUAUUUUUACCCAAAUCUUGUUGCCAAUAAAUCAUAGUCCACUUCCUGUGAGAGCUCGGGACCCCACUUUCCCUCAGACUCUUAAUAAAGAAAUGUUUAUGGACAUGUUUUAUUUGUGUAAUUGAGAAGCUGAAAAGGCAAGGUUUCUCUCCUUGUAGCCAGUCUCAAGAGUUGAAUAGAUACACAUGUAGCACACACCUUCAGGUGUGCUGUUCUUACUUAUGCUACCCAGUCUUUAAGGUCGCAUCCUUAAGCCAAGACACUUGACUUGGCAAGUUGAGGUCUAAGUGCACCCAGUCUGGCAAGAGCUGAUAGUACUAAUCCAAGAAUUUGUGAAAUCAUCUUCAUGAAGAUUUGUUGAGUGCUGCUGGAGAAUCAUGAGGAAGGCUGGAACCUAAGUACUCAAUAUUGCCUACAACUGUUCCAAUAUGACGAUAAUGAAAUUUCAUCAUUAAUUUAGUAGAAUGAUUAUAUGCAAGCAAUUAAAAGAGUAAAAGCAAUUUCUAUUUCUAUCAGUUCUUUUUGUCCAGACCUACCAUAAUACAUUUUCUAAGAGUGUUGAUGCUGAAAUUAGUGAGCCACAAUCAGUGGCCAUUAAUAAAGGGAUCUCUUGAAAAAUUAAAAUGUGCAUGCCUCUCAACCUUUGUAGAUCAGGGCCCUGUCUUAAAAUCAAAUUAUGGAAAGCUUUUGAUGCCAAAAUGCAAUUGUGGAUUCAAAGUGUUUUUUUAAAUCAUAAAGCACUCAUGCAUCCAUCAAUGUUUUGUUCAAUGUUUUUUUUUUCCUACAAAGUAGCAAUGCAAAAACCUCAUGGAUGAGAAACAAGCCUUUCCACAGUUUUAGCGAGAUUGGAUUAAAGGGGCUUUCACAAUUGCUCAUGCGAUCGUUUACGAUCAAUUGGUCACAGUAUAUGUUGCAUACAAUCGCAACGGUUGUAAGCAGUCGCACCACCAAUUGUGAAAGGGGCUUAACAAGAACAAGCGAUACCAAUGCAAAGGAGAUGGGCAUGGUAUAGAAAGCAGGGGUGUGAGAGGUCACAAAUGAAAAGAUCUGAAAAAAAGCUGAGUGAUGAAAAAAUCUGAAAUAGAAAGAGCUCCCAUA